AUGGAAGGUUUAGAAAUUCCAAAUUUGCCAUCGGAUCAACAAACCGUAAAUGGAUCAACUUCAGAUCAUGAAAAUGAUGACCCAGAGUUUCAACCAUCUGUAUCAUCUUUGGAACAAAGAAUUGAAAAUCCAGAAAAGUUUCUUUAUACUGAACUUAUUAGAGCUAAUCUUGGUGAAAGAGCAGCUUCUAUUAUUGAUUUAUUAAUCUCAUUGGGAAGAUUAUCUAUUCGUGAAAUGCACAACUGGUUAAAUAGGAAUCUGGCUACUUAUUCUUCAAGUACUGAAAAGGAAUGGUCUAUCAAAGAUAUUAAGACUACAAUUGUCCCAUUAAUUCAAUUAAGAUGUUUAAAAUAUUUUGAAGAAACAUCAUUCUCCGGGAAAAAAACAACUUACUACUAUUACAAUGAAGAUGGUCCACUUUUAAUGCUAUAUUCAGGUUUAAUUAUCGAAGAAAUGAACAGAUUAUAUCCGCCAAACUCAGAAGAGUCUGAUAUUUCAGCUGCACAAAUUAUUCAAAACGUAUUGACAGUUGGUUCUAUUUCAUUAUCAGAGUUUUCUGAAAAUUUGACUGAGGAUUCUAAAAUUUCAAAGUAUACAGUUUCAGAAAUAUUCGUUAAAUUAUGUGAUGAUAAAUUUUUAACCCCAAUCUCUAAAUUGAACUAUACUCCCUUAGCAGAUUUUUGGACAGUCCUAUACGAUAAACAUUAUAAUGCUAUCCCAAGAACAUCUGCUUUAUCAGAUUUAAAGAAAAGAAUGGAAGCCAAAGGAAGAGCUAAAGAAGAGUUUUUAAACAUUAUCAAGAAUAAUAAUGAGCCAUCUAAGGUUAUAACUACAGAUCCACUUACAUCAUUGAGGACAGUCCACAAAAAUGUUCCUCUGACAUUUAAUAUUGAUCGGUUCUUAAAAUCAAGAAGAUCGAAACAUUUGGUUCAAUUAUCAAGAUUUAGAAUAGGUCCAAUCUCAGCACAAGUCUACAAGGCUGCCUUGAAAUUAACAGAAAAAAGAUCGGUUGAUUUAAUUCAUCCUUUGACCAAGACUGGUCUAUUGCAAGAUUUGGAUGAAGCCAUUGGUAUCCAUGAUGAUGUAACACUAAUGGAAGAAAAUGGUGCCACUUUUAAUGCCAUCGAACUUGCCAAACACCUACCUCCUGACAUCCAAUUAAAAGGUAGUCUUGUCACCCAAAAGAGAGAAACAGGAAGUAAUAAAAGAUCAAAUGAGGAACAAGACAGCUCGGUUGCUAAGAAGAAAUUAAAGACCAAAGAUGGUUUUGUCAUCCCAAGUUUACCAAAACAUGUUUCUGAAAAUAUAGGAGAUAAAGAAGAUUUAGAUAAUUCUGAUGGCGACAUGGAUAUGGAUGACGAUUUCAAUGAUACUUCAAACUCCGUUAAUUUGGUCAACAUGCAUUUAAAAUUACUCUCUACAUCUAGCAUCCCAUUCCUACAAGAGACUAGACCAGGUGUUUUCUAUGUUCCAUAUACAAAGUUGAUGCCUAUUGUAAGAUCUUCAGUGUAUGAUUACAUAAUUGCAUCUACAUUGGGUCAAUCAGCGAUGCGUAUACGUCGUUGUAUUAUUGCAAAUAGAUUAGUGUCCGAAAAAGUUAUUAAUUCUAUGGCUCUAAUGAGGGAAAAGGAUAUAAGGAGCACAAUAGCAGCCUUGAUAAAAUACAAUGUCGCCGAAAUUCAGGAAGUUCCAAGAACAAUGGAUAGAUCUGCAGCUAGAGCAGUAUUCUUAUUUAGAUCAAAAGAAAGUCAUUCCUAUAGUUUCAUGAAACAAAACUUAGAGUGGAAUUUGGCCAACCUUAUAUAUAAGAAGGAAAAGUUAAAGGAUGAAAACACAACACUGUUAACCAAGGCGAAUAGGGAAGAUGUUAAAGGUAACGAGGCAGAAUUAUUACUUUCUAGUGAACUCAACCAACUAAAGAUGGUUAACGAACGUGAAUUAACCACUUUUACAAGAUUGACAAGAGUCAUAUCUUUGUGGGAAGUUUUCAGAUUUUACGUUUAA